AUGCUAACCGUCGUCUCUGCCUUCCCGACCGCCCCGCGGCUCGCCCUCUCCACCCUCCUCCGCCACCGCCGCAGUUAUUCUCUCCGUCUUUGCCUCCCCUUCUGCCAACACCACGCCCCAUCGCCCCACUCAUCUUGCGCCAUGGCAUCCACCGAGGCCAAUCGCGGAGCGAAGAAGGAGGCGGCGGCGGCGGAGGUAGAAAAGGGGGAGAAGACCCCGACGCCCACUGCAGAUCCGUCGUCUCCUCCUCCACUUAUGCCUCCGGAGAAGCCUCUUCCCGGCGAUUGCUGCGGGAGCGGAUGCGUCCGGUGCGUGUGGGACAUCUACUACGAGGAGCUCGAGGCCUACAACGAAAGCCUCGCCGCCUCGACAUCCAAGUAG